UGUGCUCGAGGGAAUAUCCGACCAUAGCCAUACCUGUUUGGGCAUUCAUCUGUACGGAAAAUGCAGCCUCUUUCCUGGCUAACACUGGGGUUGUCUUGCAGAAACCAUUUAGUCUGUCUAGACAAGUAUGAUGAAGAGCAAAGUGCCUGGAGCUGUGAAUGAUUAGAGCUUGGGUAUCUCUGCAGCAUUAGGUUUGUUGUACAGCACUGAUAAGUGUUGCUCUCUGCAUCUGGGUGCUUUUGGGUCUUUGGUCAGCAAAUGCACAGGAACCAGCCAGCAGAUUGUAGAGGUUUGUUUCACGUAAGAGCAAGGGGAGAAGAAUGCAGCCAGCCCUUCAUCACACAUGUACACAGGAGAAGCAUCACAGAGAGUUUAACCGGACUAAACCAAACAGAGAUAGCACUAAAAAUGAUGAAUAAAUGGGUGAUGGGGGGGAGCAGGGAGAAAGGCAUAUACUGUCAGCCUACUUUCUGGAGGGUAGCACAGCGAAGUUCAUGAAUGUUUGUAUGGCACUUAGAGAGCCCCAAAUAGAAGGCACUAAAAAAAUGUACCAUUAUGUAUGAGCAUAGGAUAAAUAAAAUCCUUAGGACAGAAGAGCAAGACUAGGGAUAAUGUAUGUCCUUAAUACAUAUUCAUAGAAAGAAAAGUGUAUUGAAGAGAUCAGGUUUAACGUAAAACAAAAUUUAGGGGAAAGUGGAUGUGUAGGUGUUCUUAAAUACUUAAGAACACUUAAGUAAGAAUACUUAAAUAAGGACAGAUGCAAGCAUCUGUCUCCAUCUUAGGUAUUUAAUGACCUUUACAAAUCUAGUCUUUAAUCCUGCAAACUUUUCUGCAUGUGAGUUGUCCAUCUGACUUGUCCAACAGUCUAAGUAAAUUAAUGAGGAAGAUUCAUGUGAGGACAACCUUCUAGGACUGAGCCUUGCGGCAAUAACAUAUCAAUCACUAUUCCAAUAUGACAGGUAGGUUUUCCUCCCAGUAAAUGCACGUGUGAAUCCCUGAUGGUUUCCACAGCACCAGGAAUGACUCACUUUGAGAGAGACCACACAAAGCAUCUGUUUCCAAGUCACAAACAUAUUCUGGAGACAUUACACAUAAAUAUUAUUGUGAUCCGGCAGUACGUGAGGCCAGAAGGUUUUAUCUAACUUUAUGGUCUGGAACACAUACAGAUCUGACUCAGUGUUUUGUGGCCAUUUAAUGGAAAAUGAACAGAAGAUGCGACAGCUCCUUGUGGGUACAAGUAUGGGGAUGACCAGGUCCAGAGUGUAUUUUCUCCGUAAGCAGAGGAGAUUGAUUCUGAGAAGUGCUGAGCAUUUUUAAAUUCCCCCGCAGCCCCUGGGAGUUGCCCCAUUUCAGGUCUGAACCUGGCAAAACAGAUUUGGUCUGACCUCAGCAGCUGAGCUUAUUCAGCAGGCAAAGCCUGGCUCUGUGCAAGGGGCUGCCUUGAGGUCCUCGAGGAAGGAGCUGGACUGCUGAGAAUUUUAUUUGGACCCGAGUUAAAUGCUGUUACACCUCGGUGUCCUCUCUCUGUCCCAACACGCUGGACUUUUUUACCCAUUGAGAGUUCAGCUUCUCAGUCAAGAAAAAUCUCUUUCUAUAUAUGUCAACAAAUAAAUUGAGAAAAUUGCUUUCAGCCUGUCAUCUGUGUGAUACUGGGAAGGAAAGACUGAUCCUAGAGUGGCAGUAACAGAUACCAAUGGCAAAUCUCAGGAAAAGAGCUAUUAAGCAAAUUGGGCAUGUGUUGAUAAUUAGUUAAUGCUUGUUAUGUUUGCUCUGGGCUUUUCAUUUCUGUUGACUGGCUAUGAAUUUUCUGCAUUAUCACUGCUUGUUUACAGUACAGCACCUAACUUAGGCAAUUAAUCAGUUUUAAGAGACUCUGCUAAUGUCCCUCUGACAUCCGAAGAGCCCAGUUAAGUGAGUCUGCCUCUAAAUACUUCACAAGAGCUGAGAGGGGAUGGAAACAGAAUGAAUGUCCUUCUGUGCGUUUGCAGCCUGCAGUAUAUAUGAGAGAGUCAGAGUUAGAAAUGAAUUAGAAGUCGACUUAUAAAAUAAACAACUUUAGAAUGACCAGUUUAAAAAAAAAAAAAAAUACAAUCUGUACAAUGUUAGGGCCAAAUUCCAUAAAAUACCAAAUAAAUCCAUUAUGUACUGAGUGCCCUUCUCUGGACCUGUACAACAGAUUUUCUGCACGCAAGACCAUUUCUAUCUUGUCAGAAUAUCCCGAAUGAACUCGUGCUGUGUGAUACUGCCUUGGCUUUUGAGAAUUACACUGUUACUGUCAGCCCCAGGCAUAUCUAUCCAAGAAAGCAAUGUCAAUAUAACAGAGAAUAAGUGACAUAUCUGUGAAUUACAAAAAGAAUAAUUCAUAGGUAAUUUUCAAUUACAGAGAAUAAUUUAUAGGUGCCUGAUUUGCAAAGAGAAUAAUUUAUGAGUAACCUGAAUUGCAUAUAAAGCACGUUUACAGGUUACUGUAAGAAAGGGAGUAUACUGACUGCUGAGCUGUUACGUGCCGAGACUGGAUUUUGGGAGCAUUUCUUGUGAAAACACCCACCAUGAAAAAAAUCCAUCAAAUUUCAUAGUAAAAAGAUUUGUGUGAUAUGCCAAAUCUGAGCUGAAACCUCUGUAUGUUACCAAAAGCCAGACGUACAGCCCGUGUUGUCCUUGGAGCUCCUGCCUCACAACAUGCACCACAAGCAGAAAGGUCACAACUGGGUUCCUACAACACAAUCAUUGGAAAAAGCUGUCCCCAACAGCGGACAAGGAGCCAAGUGCCAAAACCUUUGGGUUAUGUCUGUCUCCACUGCACUGUGUGGAUGUUAUGAUGAAGAAUAUGAAAGAAAAGAGAGGGAGGUCUCCAUAAACUGGACUAGGAUUCCCAGCACAGGCUGGCUCCUUCCCUGCUCUCUUAGGGACCUUGCGGAUGCCAGGAGGGCACAGGCUCACGUUUCAUACUGCACAGACAGGCAUCGCUCAUUUGUACAAUCCAAUACAGGUGCUCUUUGUUUCGGAAUAAUUACAUUAGCAAAUGGCUGCAAGAUGGAAUGACAAAAUGCAGAUUGGGAAUAGGAUGCUUUUAUUUUAAUGGUAAAAGUAGAAAAUGGCACAUCAGUGGACAUGAUGAGUGUCUCCACUUGCAGCAGAUCUUUAAAUUAUUAUUUUGCUUAAAGCAUUUCCUCCAGUGCAACUACAAGUCACUGGCAUUUUAAAUAAAAAGAGUUACUUUCUCCUCCUCAGGACUUGCUAGUCAAGUCCUACGGCUUGUCAUUAAACAAGGGGCCAAAUUAGCUGCUUUUUUUCUUAAAGACGUGAUGUCUCCUUCCUAUAUACCUGAAGGGCAGAAAGAUGCAUCGGUGCUUCCACUUCUUCAUCACCACCUUGGCAUCUUAAAAACUGAGGGGGAAAAAAAAAAUAAAAAAAAAUCCAAGUUAAAGUGCCAUUCCCUCCUGAAGCACUGCAUCAGGAAGUAAUACAAGGCACCCUCAACACAAGAACUAAAAAUUACAAAGCCCUUUUGCACUACUUCAGUUAAUGCAACACUAUAUCCAUAUAUUAGAUCAAGCACAAAUAACAUCUACUGUGGUUAAUGUUGUAAAAUGGUUUCUUUUUUUAAACUGCUAAAGUUAUCCAUAAAAAUUUUCUGAAGCAUUAAUUUUCUCCAGUGAAGUAUUUUAGAAAAGCUUGUUAAAGAAAAGUUACUGUGUUGGAUUUGGAAAACAUAAUGGGUUGCUGCUGUUCUGUCGGAAGCAAAACCAGAGUCUCCAGGAGACAGAGGCAUGCAUCGCUCCAGACUGUGUGUUGCAAGUGAAUUCCUGUCCUUGAGCUUUCAAAUCACUAAAGUGUAAUCAUGGGCAUCCUUGGGCAUGGUGGACAUUCACAAAACACCCAUGGUCAUAGCUGGGAAUGUCUGGAGCUGGGUGAAUGUCCCCUUUUAGGAAGCCUUGGGAAACAAUGUAUAUCCCAUAGCUUUGGGUACACACUAUAUUCCAUGAGAGAGCCCCGGGGAACACACGCUAGAAGACUGUGCGCUCAUUGUAUCUGCUGUUGCAUACAUCCCAUUUAGAAAAGAAAAAUCCAUUCAUUUUCUAACCAGCUCCUCCUCCCCCAGACCCACACUCCAUUUAUUGCCAGGAAGCGCUGAUGAAAGUGGCUCGUGCUUCUCAGAAACCUUCUUUGACAAGAUAACUUUCAACCUGGACCAAGCGCAAAGUCUCUCCUUGAUUUCCCUGGGAGCAACACACAGUCAGUAGCUCACAGGAUCGCAUCCUCAGUCAUUUUAAUAUUGCUAAUAGUUUCAAAGUGUAAGUUCUGCAUAUGACUGGAAAAACGAUGCUUGUAUUUAAGGUUUGUGCAGAACAAGUGAAAUCUUGGCCUUAGGAAAAGGCAAAUCUCCACCCUCGCCCAAGGCAAAACUCCUGAUGACCUGGUGGGGUCAGACUCUCACUUCAUCCUCCCAAAUCUGGAAGCAAGUCAGAAGUGUAGAGAUUUGGGUGACAAAGCAUAGAACAACAUCACAUGAACCCUUGUUGCUACCUGUAAAAACCAGCAGAAGCACUUGGGACAUUUUUUGGGCAAUAAGAAGAGGUGGCUGACAAAGCAUCGCAGAUUUUUUCUAAACUUUCAUUGUAUUAGGGCCCUUGUACCACUUCAGAUCCCACUGUGCCGUCUGCUGUCAGCCUUUAAUGCUAGCGAAACACAAAGCUUGCAAAAAUAAAAGGAAAUGCUUACCCGCUCCCUCUCCUAGGCUAUAUACCCUUAGCGCCAAAAAAGAUCAUACAAAUCGAGUCUUUUUUAAGGACCGCUUAUACAUACACAUAUCUUCCCAAGGGUUAGAUGUAAAGAAAUUCAGUGUUAAUUUUAAUGGGCUGCUACCUUUCUCUUACAGUGCAAACUACCAGAGCCUUCUUUGCAUAACUGAGCAAAGACUUUGGCUCAUAUUGGUACUAUUUUUUAAAUAUUAAAUUUUCUUGUUACAUUGCUGUCCUCAAGGGCCACUGAAUAUCACUUACCUGACACAGCUAGGCUGCAAACCUACUUAAAUUAUAGACUUAACCAGUUUCUCCUAAAAAUAUUUCCCCUUUUUCUGUGAUUGAAUGAUGCUAUUAUAAUGAUGAUGGUCAGCAGCUGAUACAUUGCUUAUCCACCCAGAAAGCUUGUCUGGUUUCUUUUCAGUUAGUAUUAACUUGCCUAAUAGACGAUUAUACUUAUUGCUAGAAACCCUGUGCUUUUGUGCAUAUAUACCUGUGUAUUUUUCAUUCUCCUGUAUACAGGUGGAGCACUUACCUGUGGUAGGCAACUUUGCCCAAAGUGCUGCUCCAAAAUACUCUAGUUCUACUUGGCUUGAUCUCCUUACAAAAAAAAUGAAUGUCUUUGGAAAAAUCCAGACAUAGGUUAGCCGUAGGGGUUGUACUUUGUUUCCUCUUUGUCUUCCCUUUCCCCAGGAUGUCUACUGGAAUCUCCAUAAGUGCAUAAACUGCAAUGGGAAAUAGGUGCUUGACUUCUACAGCUUUGGAAAACGCUGGCCUUAGAAAGGACCCUGGAGAGGAUAUUUCUGAGAUGCUCUGAAUUAAUUUCUUUCUGCUGCAGGCUUUCAUUUGCUCUUUAUUUACCACUUUACAUCAUCACCAGCAUUCCUGAUGCUAACACGGUGUGACAUGAAGUUAUUCAUGAAGUGACAUGAUGGCAACGGGCCCGGACAUAUCUUGCUAGAGAGGCAGCAGCACCAGCAAACACAAGUCUCGCACACCAAGUCCCACCUGUGGAUCAGGCUGGGCAAACCUUCCCACAUCUUGCAGCCUGACAACAGCACUGGGAGCCAGCAAAUGCCCUGGGGUCAAUACCUAAGAGUGAGGAUUGAAAGCUGUUAGAGGAAAUUGUCAACAGUGAACAGCUGCUUUCACUGGUGUCAGGCAGUGCCACAGCUGGUGGGUUUCUCCGCAAUGCUGCAGUGCAAACACGCUCAGGAAUUCAGUUUCGGGCCCCGGGCUCUGAAGGACGCGCUGAUCUCCACCAACCCAGCCCUGCAGGAGCUCUAUGCCAAAGCUUUCUCCAGGGCGGAGAAGCUGUUCCUUUCUGAAGCCUACAACCCGCAGAGAACGCUCUUCUGCACGCUGCUCAUCCGGACGGCUUUCGACUGGCUCCUCAGCCACCCUGAUGCCCCUGAGGACUUUGAGACGUUCUAUCAUGCCAUGCUGAGGAGGAAGCAGAACUUCUGUCGAAAGCACAUUUACCUGCAACCUAUAGACUUAAUCGAAGGGCCUGCUGGGCUCUCGCUGCUGGAUUCCCUCCAGAGCUGUGUUGAGUCUUUCUUCCUGGGUCUCCGUGUGAAGUGCCUUCCCUCCAUCCCCAUCUCUUCCAUUCACUGCUGCUACCGCCACAGCCAGGACUCGGACAGGGUGCAGCUUCACGCAGAUGGGAUCCUGAAUUUCCUGAAGAACAACAAGCCCAUGGAUGCCCUGUGUGUCCUUGGACUCACUCUGCUGGACCUUUACCCAUGUGAGACCUGGAGCUUCACGUUCAGCAAAUUCCUACCAGGACAAGAAGUGGGAGUCUGCAGCUUUGCCAGAUUUUCUGGGGAUUUCCCCCAGGCUGGCUGUAGCAGCUUGAAUCCACUCACACAGAAGGAACGGUUAUGUGAAGUCAGCAAGGAGAGCAGAGACCGGACAUUGCCAUUCAGUGCCCAAGAGAUGGUCCAGUGCUGUAAGGUGACCUGCCACGAGAUCUGCCACCUGAUGGGGCUGGGGACCUGCCGCUGGCUGCAGUGCAUCAUGCAGGGUGCGCUGAGCCUGGAUGAAGCCCUGCUGCGGCCUCUGGAGCCGUGUCCCAUCUGCCUUCGGAAGCUGCAGCACGUUGUGGGUUUCAAACUCAUCGAGCGCUACAGGAAGCUCUAUGCUUGGACACAGACUGUAUUGUCCACGUGGCCAAGGCAAGAGUCAGCAGACCUGUCCGCCUCCGAGGACAUCCUUCCAUUCAGCUCAGACUCUGGGAUGUGCUGCGAGAACGACUCCGAAGCUGUGACCUCCUUGUCUGAGCCACUGACACCAGACACUUGCAGCCAGGCCCUCUCCAUCGGCCAGGAGCUGGAACAGGACGAGCAUUCGUGUUCGCUGGCAGAGGCGCACAGCCAGCCCCAGCUCGCCGGACCCACCAAGUCCACAGAUAUCAUUAAAGAUUAUGAACUGUGGCUGGAGACGUGCAUUGCUGCCUUAGAGAGGAACGUCUCCGAGGAGGAACUGGCUCAGGUAGACAAGACUGUGGAUGCCCUGGCUAAGUGGGAAAUGUUCACAGGACAACUGCCUGCUAUGAAGAAGGACCUACCCUUUGCUAGGGACAACACCGGGCUACGGAAAGUUCUCGGAGACAAAUUUUCCUCCUUGCGGAGGAAACUGAGUUCUAGAAAACUGUCCAAAGGGGAAUCAUCCCCUCAUCGUUGGCGGUGGGAGGAAAACUAGGCUGGGUCUGCCUUGGGUUGGGCCAGCUUUGCUCCCGCAGCUUUGGUUAUGUUAGUGCCCUGCUUCUGACCUUUCUCACCACAAGUUUUUGCUGUCGGACAGAAACAGCAACUCCCCACAGGAAUAAAAGGUGUUUCUUUUUCUGA